CCCUUCCAUUGACACUCCGACCCGUAUCGUCCGAGGCUAUCUCUAUCUCUCCCUAGUAUCGCUUUUAUUAGCGUGCCUCGUGUGUCGUCCGCUAUCUCUGGGCAAUGAAUUUUGCAUAGUAGGAGCGAAGGUGUCGUCUGCUUCGCAUCGUCUGCCACUUGUUGCAGACCUGGUCGGACGGACCAAGUGGGCGAGGAUCACCACAUAGUUCGCAAUCAAUUGCCGGUCAGAGGCCAAGAUUAUAAGAAUGGCUGAAACAUUUGGGAUAUGGGACUAUGUUGUCUUUGCCUUAACUUUACUGAUAUCAGCCGGUAUUGGAUUGUAUUAUCGGUUUACAGGAGGUAGACAGAAGACUGCUGUCGAGUACCUGCUGGCUGACAGAAACAUGGGCAUCAUACCUGUUUCAUUUUCUUUGAUGGCAGGGUUCAUGUCUUCUGUUACAUUACUAGGUGUCAGUUCUGAAAAUUAUUCUUUUGGUACCAUGUUUCUCAUUGUAAACCUAUCAUAUGGCAUAUUCACACCCAUUGCCGCUUACUUGUACCUUCCAGUAUUUUUCAACCUUGGCGCCACUAGUGUUUAUGAGUAUUUAGAGAAGAGAUUUGGAAAGCCAGCACGCCUUACUUGCUCUCUAGCAUUUUCCCUUCAAAUGAUACUAUACAUGGGUGUUGUUUUGUACACUCCAGCUCUAACAUUAGAAGCUGUUACUGGCAUGUCUAGGGUAUGGGCUAUAUUAACUGUUGGUCUGGUCUGCACUUUUUACUCGACUAUUGGUGGUUUAAAGGCAGUUCUUAUCACCGAUGUCUUCCAGUCUUUACUGAUGUUUGCUGCAAUCUACAGUGUGAUUAUUUCGGCAUCCAUUGAAAAAGGAGGCCUUUCAGAAAUUUGGAGAAUUGCUGAGGAAAAUGGCCGUAUUGAAUUUUGGAACUUUAGCCUUGACCCAACAGUACGACAUACAUGGUGGAAUUUGAUCCUGGGAGGGGGAGUGACUUUCCUCUCUCUGUAUGCUGUCAAUCAGGCACAAGUUCAAAGAUAUUUAGCUGUCAAAGACAUCAGAACUGCUCGGACAACACUCUGGAUAAAUUUUCCACUCGUAACUCUUCUCAGCUUCUCCACUGGUUUCGCUGGUCUGGCAAUAUUGUCCAAAUAUAUCCACUGUGAUCCUUUAUCCACAUGUCAGAUCAGUGCUUCAGAUCAGCUGAUGCCAUUCUAUGUAGUUGAGACCAUGCAACAAUAUCCAGGACUUUCUGGACUGUUUGUUUCCGGUAUAUUCAGUGCGGCUCUCAGCACAGUAUCAGGAGCAGUAAAUUCCUUGGCAGCUAUCACUGUAGAAGAUUACAUUAAGCCAAUUUACUUUUAUUUCAAAAGGCAUGACAUGCCAGAAAAUGGGAGUGCGUAUCGUGCAAAACUUACAUCUGUGAUUUAUGGUAUGGUCAGCAUUGCAGUUGCCUUUGGUGGAGACUAUUUUGGUUCUGUCCUCCAAGCUGCUCUCACAAUUUUCAGUGUUGUUGGUGGACCAAUAUUGGGCCUUUUCACGGUUGGAAUGUUUUUCCCUUUUGCCAAUCAAACUGGAGCCUUGGUAGGCUUUCUAUCUUCCCUAGCCUUUUCAUUAUUUCUAGGAUUUAAUCCAUCUAAGCCAGCUUUAAAGAAACUUCCAGUGUAUACUGAUGGAUGUCUGUCUAGCUUCGCCAACUGUACCAUCAAUACUUCAAAUCAAUCCCAGAUAAACAAUGACGAAAUAUUUUAUUUGUUUCGUUUGUCUUACAUGUGGCUCGGCGUUUUGGGUCUUUUAAUGUGUGUUAUUGUUGGGAUAGUAGUGAGUUUAGUGGCAAGUCAUUUACUGCGAAUUCAUCCUGCAGACUUGUCUGAUCAUUUGGAUCCAAAUCUGUUUGUGCCACCAGUUGCCAAUCACUUAAAAAAGAGACGCCAACGAAUUCGUCUCUGUGCAUUGCGAAAUGAAGAAUCUCCUAAGGAUACUGAUGAUGUUGGAGAAAGGAGCUUCGAUUCUGAUGAAAACAGCAAAAUGUAACACAGUACAUUGUGAUAUUUCUCAAUCAAUCAUUCCAAUGGAAAAUCUAUUACAAAACAGGGUGUUAUGUAUUUUUGUAAACCUGAUACUGAACCUGUCUUUCAUGUUUUAUGCUCAAUAUUUCAUAAUGAUAUUGUUUGAUACAAGUUUGCUCUGUGCCUGUUUUAUGUGUUGUAAUUAUUAUUAUUAUUGUUUUCAACGUGCCUUUGGUACUUCCCCCUGAUGUCGAGUUACCGCUGAGUUAGCAUUGACUUUGUAUUUUAUUGUAUUUCCGACUGAUUAAACACACACCUUUUUUAACGAA